AUGUCUCUUGACGAAACUGUUCGAAACAAUGAAAUUAAUCUUGUUGAAAUGGAGAAUGUUUUAUAUUCAAUGAAGAUUGAUACUGAACAACAAUUUUAUGAAUCAACUUCAACUCAACAAGAUGCCUUCAAUUCUUCAUCUAAUAAUAAUAACAAUAUUGAUAAUACACAGUUGACUAGUAAUAAUAAACCUUUACAACAAACUAGUAAUACAAUAGUUAAAAUUGAAGAAGGUCAACAAGAAUAUAACACUAGUGUAACAAUACCACCUAAAAUUCCAAAACAAGAUCAACAAUAUAUUAUAAAUACCAAAUAUGGACAAUUACAAUUAUCAUGUGAUAGAAUAAUAUCAGUAUUAAUCAUGUUAUUAGCAAUUAUUACAUUAUUUAUGAUGGCAUUUCUAUCUGCAUGUACUUUAAUAUUAGAAACUAAUACUGAAAAUAAAACAUUUAAUCACACAACUCAAUUAUCAAAGAAUUUAAUAAGAUUAAAUACUUAUUACAAAAUUAUUAUGGAAAGUGAAAUUGUAGAGUUGUUAGUUGAGGAAAUUAAUGAAACAAUGAUUGAUGUUACAAGUGAUUAUCAUCUAUUAUUAAGAGAUGUACCUUAUACUGGUAACACUGAUAAAUAUAGUAGGGCAAGUGUAAUUACUAGAAUUGGAGAUUAUUUUAACAUAUUGGAAAGUAAUCAUUUUCAUCUUUAUAAUCAAGUUAUUGAAAAUAAUUAUACAGAUACUAAAUUUUUCUAUUCGAAUUAUCAUCCAAGCCUAGUCAAUUUCACACAAAGUUUAGACCUAGCUCUGAUACUUGCUGAUAAAGCUGCAAGUAAUGAAGACGAAUAUAUGAAUUUAAAUGCAAUUAUUGAUCUUGUAUUAUCUGUAUUUGUAUUAAUUAUUAUAAUUCCAUCAACUGCUAUAUUACUUAUCAAGUCAGCUGUCAAUGACAACAAGUUUUUAGAAAAAUUAAAAAAAGCAGAUGCAAGAGUAGUGAUUGAAACAAUUGCAGACAUAAGAUUACAGAAUGAAUUUAAAGAAUUAUGUAAAGAACAUAAUCAAUUAUCAAAAUAUCUAUUUAUGGAAAGAGUUCAAUCAUUCAAUGAAAUAUGUCAAAGAGUUUUCGCAUUACAAGAUGAAAUUGAAGAAGGAGUUAAUCUAGAAAUGAGUAAGAAAAUGUUAAUUGAAAUCGAUCAAUUGGAAUCUAAAAAAUUUGAAUUAUCAUUUGAAUUAAUUACAGAAUAUCUUGAUUUAGGUAGUGAUACCUUUUUAGGAUAUCCUUUAAUAGGUGGAAAGAAAGCAGCGGAGAAAAUCAAAAAGAUAUUCGAUACUCAAUCUGUUCACUUACCUGAAAACUUGUUUAAAAAUGUUCAAUCAAAUGUUUCUUUGAAUUUACUUCCAAUUUACAAAUUAUGUAAAUCCAAUCAACAACGAAAGAGAAAUCAACGAAUGAAAUUAAUGAAGAAACAACAAUUAGCAACGACACAAUAA